GAGGCGCGGCGGGCCGGGCCGUGACCCGAGGCGCUAUAAAGGCCCCGCCGGGGGCCGCCGCUCUGCGGUCUGGGCCGGUGGGAGGGCGCCUGUCAUGGAGGGGCCCUUGGCGCUGCUCGUCAAGAGCCCCACGCAGCGGCACCGCGACCUGCGGCUCCGCGCCGAGCCCGCCUGGACCGUGCGCCGCCUCAAGGCCGAGCUGCGCCGCCUGCUACCCGACGCGCCGCCUGAAGAGGACCAAAGACUGAUUUAUUCUGGGAAACUACUGCUUGAUCAUCACUGUCUGAGAGAGUUUCUGCCAAAGCAGGAAGAAUUGCAUGCUCUUCAUCUGGUGUACAACCUCAAGACUCCUGUGACUGCACGAGAAACCAAUGCAAAGGUUAAAACUGAUCAGCUAAAAGUGUUGCCAGAAGCUAGUCGAGAAUCUCCUGUGUCUUCCUCAAAUAGUGAAAGACAGAGAUGCUCUUCUGACAGCCAGUCUUCAGCAGAAGCUAGUACCAGGCCCGAAACAACUCGGCAUCCUUUUCAACGUGUGGCUCCUGGGUUCUCUGCUUACACAACUUACAGCAUGCUUCAGAUGUCCUGGUUUCAGCAGAUCUAUGCAAGACAAUAUUACAUGCAAUACUUGGCUUCUGCUGCUGCAUCUGCUGAUCCAUCCCGUACACAACGUUCUCAAGAGAUACCGGUGGCACCGGUGACAUCCCCGACUCCUCUUCCAGACCCGUUUCCUGCACAAAAUCAACCUGGAAACCAGAAUGUUGCUCCACAGGUUAACCCAGCAGCCAACCAAAACCUGCGAAUGAAUGCCCAAGGGGGUCCGCUUAUGGAGGAAGAGGAGGAGGGUGGCAAUCGAGAUUGGUUGGACUGGCUCUACUCCGCAACGUUGUUUUAUGUCUUUGUCAACAUCGUCUAUUUCUACUCUAGUGUCAGCAAAUUUCUCCUGGUUAUGGGUGGCACUGUUCUGAUGUAUCUGCAUCAUGUUGGAUGGCUUCCAUUUAGACGAAGGCCAGUUCAGCCCUUUCCAAACAAUGUUCCUCCUCAAGCUGCUGUAAACCAGGAUCAGAACAACAAUUUACAGCAGGAAGAAAAUGCGGAUGGAGUAGAUGAACCAGAGGCCUCUUCUGAGGAGGGACAAGUUUUACGGGAAUACCAGCAGGCUAGUCCCUCCUUUAUAAGCACAGCAUGGCUUUUUUUCAAGACUUUUUUUGCAUCCCUCCUUCCAGAAGGGCCUGGAGCAGUCCGCAACUGAUGUGUCGCUGGUCUACCUGUCUGAAGCUUCAGCAAAUUUUAAUCUACCUGAUGAAAUCAUAUUCCAGCUCAAACAUGAGUGACAAUGGAUGGAGUCUCCUUUGGCUCGCAUUGACCAAAGAGAGCAGCAAGAAGCCUUAAGUCAUUACAGCAUAGAGACGAAGAUGUGCUGUGCUUGUCUUAAUUCCAAAGAACUUCAUUCUGUAGUGUGAUAGGUACCCAUGUAGAAGCUCGGCAUUGUAAACCUGUGCACUGAAUGCACAGGCUCUAGGCAGAUGUGUACAGAAAUGUAAGAGAAGCACAUUGCUUCUUUCAGUGCAAUGUGAUUCCUGUUGGAAUGUUUCAAAUGCUAUUUAAAUUACACUGAGUGUAGUAUCUCCAAACAAUAAAUUGCUAGAUAAGCAUUA